AUGUCCCUUUCAUCUGAACUAGCUGCUGGAAUAGAAGACAACGAUUUGUCAUUUGGUGAUGAUAAAGACAAAAUGUUUCCGCAACGAAGAGGAAAUGAACAAAAUGUUAUAACUGAUGAGAAUAUUUCAGUAACACAACGAAUGAUUAGUGCUUGUUCUGGAAGCUUAAUAACUUCGUUAGUUGUGACGCCAUUUGACGUAAUACGAAUCAGAAUUCAGCAACAAGAAAUCCUACCGCAGAACGAGCCUUGUUGCCAUGUCCAUUAUCCUGAGCAUUUUGUAAAGCGUUUACCAAAACAAGAGGCAGCAGCUUUGGCCAGUUCACCGGAACUAUUUUGGAUACACAACAAGUAUUGUCGUCCGGGAACAGAACAAUGCACGCGUAUCACAUCAACAUUUCAGGGAUUUUCCACGAUAUCCAAACACGAAGGUGUUGCCACAUUAUGGCGUGGGUUAUCGUUAACUUUACUAAUGGCGAUCCCAUCGAAUAUUAUUUAUUUUACUGGAUACGAAUACAUUCGGGAUCAUUCACCAUUUGGAAAUUCGUCCUUCAACCCAUUACUUUGUGGGGCAUUGGCUCGUAUCAUGUCCGCCACAUUUGUUGCACCAGCAGAAUUGAUCAAGACACAGUUGCAAUCGAUACCCAGUGAUUCUAGGAAUUCGUCUCAUGUGUUAAGUCAUCUUUUGAGAGAUUCCAUGGCAUUGGUUAAGAAGAAUGGUACUUCCACUUUGUUCAAGGGGUUGCAAAUCACACUUUGGAGAGAUGUUCCUUUUUCUGGAAUAUACUGGUCAUCAUACGAAAUAUGCAAGAAACAGAUUGCUCGUGUAUUGAAAACGGACUUUAACAAUACCACUAGCGGCGGUGCUGACGAUUGGAAAGUGUUUACAACAUCGUUUUUGUCGGGGUCUAUAUCCGGUGCCAUUGCUGCCUUUUUCACUAAUCCUUUUGAUGUUGGGAAAACGAGGCUUCAGAUAACCAUGGAUGAUGGGGAUGUUAAGCAUAAACCAAAGACAAACAUGUUUAAGUUCUUGGCAAACAUUUACAAAAAUGAAGGCGUGGGAGCAUUAUAUUCGGGUUUUGGUCCAAGAGUAAUGAAGAUUGCCCCUGCAUGUGCAAUCAUGAUAUCAUCAUAUGAGGUGGGUAAAAAACUUUUCAAAAAUGGGAAUGUGUCGAAUGAUUAA